UAUGUCUGGUGUUUGAGAAAGGAAUGUCAUCGGAUUUGAGGAAUCUUUGUUAUGAGGCAGAAAAGGAUGUCAGCAUGAUAGAAGGAAAAAUUCAUUUAGGACACAGGAAAAAGAUAGAAACCAAUUAAAAAAUUGAUUGAUGAUGUAGCUCAUAUGAGAGUAUGUAAGCGAGAAGAGGUGAAGGAAGUGCUAUCGAUAUUUAACGAAUACGUAAAACCAUUCUUGGAGGAGGAAGAAAGAAAAAAAUCUGAUAUUGAUAAAGGCUCAAAGAAAGAUCCUGUUAACAAAGAUGAUGAUAACUUCAGUGGAACAAACGAGAAUGAGAAACAAAAAUUAGAUAAUAAUACCCUACAAACAAAACAUCUUCAGGAUAUGAACACACCAAUAAAAAGAGGAAUAGAAGGACUUGUUGAUGCAUUUCGAGAGCUUUUCUUGAAUGGUCAUUGGAAAACACUUUUUGAUGAUAUCUCGAAACACACAAAUUCCCAGCAUCUGAGCACUGAAUGCAUUAUGGAAAUAGUAAAGAAAGCGUUUAAAAUAAGUAAGAUUGAGGCUGCCAAUCAGAUAAGUUUUGCCGGACAGUGUGCAAAACAGAUAGUAGAGACUGGGGAGACUGGGGAUGUGUCUCCUGACAAUAUCCAUUCUUCAAAGCAUAUGGAAUCCUCGGACGAACUACUUCGUAGAUAUAGAUAUAUACAUGCAGAUAUGUCAACAGAAAGGCUUCAAGGACUUCUUUUACAAGAAGUGAAAACAUUCCUUCUUGACACUUACAAUAUUAAGAUGGAUGGGAAUAAAAACCUUGUAUUGUUCACACGUGACUGUGCUGCCAUAACAUGGUUAAUGUGUGUUGAGGACCCACCAAUUGAUAUGGUAUAUGACAAAUUUUCAGACAGAAUGGACGAGAACAAAUAUGACAUUAUAAAAGGAAAACCAUUUAAAAACAUUGUGUGGCCUGCAUUACAAUUUGAAGGCGCUGGAAGCAUGUUAUCAAAAGGAGUAAUAUGGUGUUAAUAGUUAUGAUUGAUAUAGAGUCGAAAUCGGAGACGACCAGAACAGAGUAAAAAGUUAUUUGCUGUACAUACCGGUAGUUAGUUCAUUGAUAAUAUUGCAGGGCUUUUUUCCACAGGUUGGGGAAGCAGCCAUGUCCUUAAUUUUUGGGGGAAAUUACACGGUGUAUUUGCAAAAGGGAAAAAAAGCUUAAUGUAAAUUUAAUUUUUUGGGAAAACUGCAUGAUUUUAAAGAAUUUCUCUUUGGAGAAGCAGCCUUAUACCGGCCCCUGCAAUAGAUGGUUAAAACCCCUGUAUGGAUAUAUUUUAAAUUCAUUAUUUGCCAAUGUCCCUAGAAAAAAUGUAAAAAAAUAAAGAUUUUCUUUGAUAUUUUAACAUACGUUCCCAUUUCUUUUCAAACUCCAAAGGUGUACAUUUUAUGAAAGUGAUUAAAUAUCAGCAGACUAUUGAUAUCGCUCUAAUUCGUUAUGGUAGAAUAAGUGUACUGUAUGGAAGAUUUUUCUUUUCACAAUCAGUUAAACGAGAAUGUUAUUUGUUUAUUUUUGCGAUGAUAUCUACAAAACACAAAGAUUCAUGUCUUGUCACAAUUAGAGUUUUAAACUGUAAAUAUAUUGAAGGACACUACAAAA